UCGUACCAUAUCUCUAGCCCCGCCUACUACUCGUUUGCUGCAGCUGCAUUACAAUUUUGCAAAAAUACAGACAUGGAUAUCUCAAAGACUGUGACAUGUAAAGCCCCAAUCAAUAUCGCUGUAAUUAAAUAUUGGGGCAAACGAGAUGAGAAGUUGAUACUUCCUGUGAAUUCCUCUUUGAGUGCUACCCUUCAUAUUGAUCAACUAUGCACCACAACAUCUAUAGCUGGCAGCAAACACUUCCCGGAAGAUAGACUCUGGCUCAAUGGGAAGGAAGAAUCUUUAGAGAACCCAAGAGUGAAAACCUGCUUGCAAGAGAUCAGGAAAAGAGCUCGGAAAAGGAAGAUAUCAGAUGAUGAAUCUAACCCUGAGGAUUGGAAGCUCCAUAUCUGUUCUGAGAAUAACUUUCCUACUGCAGCUGGUCUAGCAUCAUCUGCAGCUGGGUAUGCAUGCCUUGUUGCCACCCUAGCACAAGUGUAUGGUGUCCAGGGGAAUGUUUCUGACAUAGCACGUCAGGGCUCGGGCAGCGCCUGCAGGAGUAUGUAUGGAGGCUUUGUGGAGUGGCUGGAUGGGGAGUCUAGCUGUGGUAGUGAUAGUAUAGCCCAACAAGUGGUAGACGAGAACUACUGGUCAGAGAUGAGGAUUCUUAUACUGGUAGUUAGCGAUCAGAAGAAACACACGAGUAGCACUGCUGGUAUGCAGACCACUGUAAAGACAAGUGAACUCCUUCAGCACAGGGUGACAUUAAUACCAGGGUACAUGGAGACCAUGCGGAAAGCUAUCAAGGACAGGGAUUACAGGACAUUCGCUGAACUUACUAUGAAGGACAGUAACCAGAUGCAUGCUGUGUGCCUAGACACCUACCCGCCUAUAUCCUACAUGAAUGACACUUCAAGGUCGAUCGUACAGAUGGUUCAUGAUUACAACUCAUUCCAUGGAGAAACUAAGGCAUGCUACACCUUUGAUGCGGGUCCCAAUGCUGUAUUGUACGUCCUGGAGGAGAAUGUGAGUGAGGUGCUCUCUCUCAUCCAUCAUAGCUUCCCUCCUUCUCAAGAUAACAAGGAAUACAUCAGAGGACUGGAUAGUCGUAUUCAUGAUAUACCACAGGGUCUCCAGUGUGCCAUGAAGCGAGACCCAAAUCCUGGAGCUCUGAAAUACAUCAUUCACUCCAAGGUAGGACCUGGGCCACAGGUAGUGACAGACCAGGAACUGAGUCUUCUGGACCAAAAUGGAAUGCCAAAGAAGCUUGCUAGUUGAUGUCUGAGCUGGCACUAGAUCCAUCAAAACAGUAUUUAGUCUUCAAAGUAUGAUAAUUUUAGAAGAACUUUAAAAUCUUCGUGAAUUUCGGGAAAUCUGUUCAGUCCAUUAAAUGAAUAUGAUAUAUCACUGUGUAUAACUGAUGUAUUCCAAUGCUUUUUAUUAGAGAUAUGUUGAUAUCAGCAUACUCUUGAUGUUGCACGAAUAUUUACACAAGUAAAAUCUUGUCAUUUGUACUGUAUAUGCUGAUCAGAGUCAUAAAUUUGAUAUUGUACAGUUAUAUUUUUUCCACUUUGAUAAACUGGAUAUUUCAACUGUACUUUGGUCAUCUACUCCAGAAAUAGAUCUUGCAGCUAAAGGAAUGAUUGAUUAUUUUUCUCAUUGUCUUUAGAAGUCUCAAUGUUCAAAUCUAUGAAUUCUUCAAACAAACUAGUCUUUUGAUUUGUUACAUGCUUCCAUGUAAAGUUGAAUGUAGUGUACCCUUCUUAAAACCAAAUUUAUACUGAACCUCUCCUUUCAACAGAGUGUUUGUUCCAAAUGUAACAGACUUUCAUCUACUCAAAUGUUUGGCUUCUUGAAAUUCACCUUAGCCAUCUUUACAAUGGCUCAGAAAAAUGUGACACGCUUAGUUUUGAAAAAAUUGGUUUGAAAAUUCUAAGAGAUUUAAGUCACUCCCUGUUUUGAUACUGUAUACUGUAAGAUGUAAAUGAUAUAAUUUCUUUAUUAAAUCACUGGCAAACAAUUUUGUUCCAUCAUUGGUGUUAUACCGGGUAGUGUAACUAAAGUGAGGUCUUUAAAGGUCAAUUAAAUCAUAUAAACAACAUGAAUUAUAACAGGGUAUGAUAUAGAAUCAUGAAAUCUUUAAAACAGUGAAUAUGUAAACUGUAAAUAAACAAGGCAUAUGAUGCAUA